UUUUUUUUUCUUGAAACUUUUAACGCAUUUUUAACGUUUUUAUAAUGACAGACAGAAGCCGAAGAAAAAGUAUAAACGGUCAUGGUGAUGAACAAAAUGAACCAAUCUCUAAUACCAAUUUAUCGAAUUUGGAAAAUCGAAGAGACAACAAUUAUUCAAAUCCUUUACCAGCUGUACGCUCUCGAUCUUUUUCAGAACAUUCAAAAGAUAGUAUCAAUGUACAAGAACCAAAUGAAACUACUUCCCUAUUGGAAGGUGCUCGUGAGCCUUCUUCUCAUUAUAGUCAUUUUCCAUCUGCAAGGGAGGACGAUAACGCUUUUAGUUCAUCUUCACGUUUUCGGCGGCAUACUUGGAAUCCUAGGCAACUAAAACAUUUAACAGCGGCAUUUACUGAACAAAUUGGACGAUAUAAAAGGAGAAGUGGUGCUUACGACGAAGACAAACAAGCCAUGCUUAAUGAAGGAGGUGGUAUCCGUGUUUGGUACGAUGAUUAUACAACUAUCGAUUGGAUUCAUGAUUAUGUCAAAGAGCGCGUUCGUAUACGUAAACUCCACUCGAUCAAAGGAAUUCGUGGAUGGAUAGUUACGUCAUAUGACGGAUUACAAGGCUGGGUUCUCGUUUUUCUAAUAGGAAUCGUGACAGCAUGUUUCGCUGCUGGUGUUGACAUCGCUGCAGAAUGGGGAUCUGAUUUGAAGGACGGAUAUUGUACGGAAUCAUUGCGAUUAAACAGGAAUUUUUGUUGUGCAAAUAUUACUAAUAACGGGUUAGACUUAAAUGAUGAUAAUAAAUGUGAUAAAUGGAACUCAUGGUCUCAAGCUAUCCGUAUACAUGAUGAAUCGGAUGCUAAGCUGUUUGAUUUCUUUGCUUAUGUUGUUGUAGCACUUCUUUUCGCGACUGGGUCGGCGUUACUUGUUAAAUAUAAUUCUUUAUAUGCCAGACCAUCAUCCAAAAGCUCUGCUCGAAUAGAAAAUAUAGAACCGAAACGUAAAGAAUUGAAACCCUACGCUGCUGGUAGCGGUAUUCCAGAAGUCAAAACUAUUUUGAGCGGUUUUGUGAUUCGUGGAUUUCUCGGUAUAAGAACUCUUUGGAUUAAAGCAAUUUCAUUGGCAAUGGUUGUUUCAGCAGGAAUGACACUUGGAAAAGAAGGACCAUUUGUUCAUAUUGCCUGCUGUAUCGGCAAUGUUUUAUCUCGUCUUUUUCACAAAUACAAUAAGAAUGAAGGUAAACGUAGGGAAAUUCUUUCAGCUUCAGCAGCUGCCGGUGUUAGUGUAGCCUUUGCUGCGCCAAUUGGUGGUGUUUUAUUCUCUUUGGAGGAAGUCAGUUAUUAUUUCCCAAGUAAAACUUUAUGCAGAAGUUUCUUCUGUGCCAUUGUUGCCGCAGUUUCAUUAAAAUUGAUAGAUCCGUUUAAUACAGGAAAAAUUGUCAUGUUUCAAGUUUCUUAUAAUAAGGAUUGGCAUGUUUUUGAGAUAGUUAAUUUCUUAAUUCUUGGAGUCUUAGGGGGAUUGUUUGGUGCAUCACUAUGUAAAUUAAUUCUCUUAUAUACAAAAUAUAUUCGAAAUCGAACAUGGUUGAAACAAUGGCCAGUAGUUGAGGUAAUGAUGGUUGUUGUUAUUACUGCUGCUGUAAAUUUUGGUAAUAAAUAUACAAGGAUGUCGAACACAGAAUUGAUAUUCGGCUUGUUUAGCGAGUGUACUAAUGAAAAGGAGCAUGAUGGAUUAUGCGAUAAUUCUUUUAAUGGAAUGUUUGAAGCAUUUUAUUUACUUGGACUUGCAUUAAUUUCUAAAUUCCUUACAUGUGUAAUAACAUUCGGUAUAAGAGUACCUGCCGGAAUUUUUAUUCCAGCUUUACUUGUUGGUGCAUGUUUUGGAAGAAUGCUUGGAAUUGUUAUGCAGUACCUAACUAUGACGUAUCCAGAUUUUCCUAUAUAUUCAACGGUAUGUAAUCAGAACAUAAAUGGUGAUUGUGUUAUACCAGGUGUGUAUGCAAUGGUCGGUGCAGCUGCUUCAUUAGCUGGAGUUACAAGAAGUACAGUCUCUUUAACAGUUAUUAUGUUUGAAUUAACUGGUACAUUAACCUAUGUUUUGCCAAUAAUGACUGCUAUAAUGAUAUCAAAGUGGGUAGCAGAUGGAAUAAUAAAACAUGGUAUUUAUGACUUAUUAAUAGAUUUAGGAGGUCAUCCAUAUUUAGAUUCUAAGACGGAAUAUGAUGGAGCAAACACGACAUUUACCACUACAUUGGAUUUAUGUCAAAGAGAUUUAGAGGUUAUCGAUGUUAAUGAUUUGAAUACUAUUGGUGAACUCAAAAAUAAAUUGAAAAAAUUAUCUACGUCAGGAUAUUCAGAUGCAGGAUUUCCAAUUGUAGAUAAUAAAAUACUAGUAGGAUAUAUAGCAUCAACAGAAUUAGAGCAUGCAUUAAGUUUAGCGCAUGGCUCAGAUAAUUUAACAAGAUGUUAUUUCAAGGAUGAAAAUGUUAUUGAUAAAUCUGCUAAUUUCACUGCAUAUGUUAAUCAGGCACCAUUAACUAUAUCAAAAAAUGCUUCAUUGGAAAUUGUAUUGGAAUUAUUUAAAAAGUUAGGAUUGAGAUAUGUUAUUGUAGUAGAUCGUGGUCAAUAUGUUGGUGUUAUAAAUAAAAAGAGAUUACUUAUUUAUUUAAGACAAAUAACAGGAAAAGAUAUGAAUAAUACGUUAUAAAACAGCAAAUAGCUUCCUAUAUUGACAUUUUUUCUGGGAAUAUUUACAUAUUAGUUUAUUCACUUUACUAAAUCGCAGCUAGUGCUGGUCAAUUUCCAAAUAAAUUAUUUAAUAACGUAAUUCUGACAUUUUACACUAUAUUUUAAUAUGAGGUUUGAAUAGGAAUAAACAUUUUUUUAACAUUUCUCAUUUUAGCUUCACACUAGACAAAAUUUGAAAUCAGAGCGUUUUACCUUUCUAUUCUAACAUUAUUUCAAAAAUAUUUUUGUUAUAAUCACCACUUAUUUAUAAUAAAAUAGGAUUUAAUUUUAAUUUUUACACUGAA